UGUGUGUGUGUGUGUGUGUGUGUGUGUGUGUGUGUGUGUGUGUUUGGGGGGGGGGGGGGGUGUUGGGGUAAUACACAGAGAGAGAGAGAGGGAGAGGUAGACUUUGAGAGCGGUAGAGAGACAGACACAGAAAGAGAGGGAGACCAAGGGAAAAACAGAGGGCGGCACAUCGUAGCUGUGGUAGCAGUUAUCUGGCAGCCGUGGAGUAAAAGUGCAGGACAGCCCUGUCGUCCGUGUGGGGUCUAGGAGCCUCAAGCACUGCUUGACCACGACACAGAGUAGAGCAGAGUAGAGUCAAUGUAGAGCAGGAUUCUACCUUUUGGUCGAUUCCAAAUAACCAUACUGGAGUCUCAUGGAUCCCAGAAGAGUGACAUGCUGUUGGGCCUGGGCUCUCUGUAUUCUGUGGAUAGCAGCAGCAGACCGGCCGUUAUCCGUCCCCAUAGCAAAGGUCUUCACAGGCAUGGCUGACCGCCUCACUUCCACCCCAGAACCUCACAGCACUGCCCACACUGUUGUAGGCUCCAGAGGGUUUGAAAGUGCCCCUGGAGCGCCUGCGUUCUCCACCACAGAGUCUGCAUCAAUACCUGCCGGCGCGAGCGUAGCAUCUACCGUUAGCGCAAAGGGUCCGACUGCACCCCCUGGGCGAGUGGUUCCGUCAGAAGCGCCUCUGGCUCUGUCAACACCACCUCACACGCUGUCCUUCCCGGUGGGUACAACCAUGAUCCAGCGACCAGCGAGCCCCAGCCCCACACAGGGCCCCACCAGCAGAGAGGAGAUGACUCCAUCUGCUUACGGACCUCCAGCCACCCCAUCCAGGAGCUCCACUCUACUCACACCAAGAAACAGCAGCAGCUCCCCCCCGCCGGCAGGAGAGAGGAGCCAACAGGAACCCGCGGUGGAGCCGAGUACAGGGCCCCAGACGGCGCCGGCUCCUCUGUGUGACUACGACCAGUGUGUCCAUCUGCAGAGGCCCUGCCCCGAGCUCCGGCACCUCCGGGGCUGGACCUGCAGGUGCCCGGCCCAGAGCAACGCCGCCCCCGCAGGGACCCCAGGCCCGGUGGUGGCCCUGGAGGUGACGAGGGCGUGGCCGACGUCCGCCAGCGUGCGCUGGUGCGCCCCGGACUCGCCGCUGAGCGGGUUCCUGGUGUGGGUGCUGCGCGGCGACGGGAGCGCGGUGAGCAACGGCAGCGUGGGCCCGCGGACCCGGCAGACGGACGUCUUCGGCCUGUCGGCGGGCGGACACGCGUACCGCGUGUGCGUGAGCGCGCAGAGCGCGGCGGGCGCGCUGUCGCACGCGCGCUGCGUGAGCGUCGCCGCCCCCGUGGACGCGGAGGCCGUCGCCGCGCACGUUCUGUCGGGGGCCUGCGGCGCCCUGCUGCUGGCGGCCGUGGUGCUGAGCCUGUGUCUGUACCGCCAGUGCCAGAGGAGGAGGGGCGAGGCGUCGCGUGCUGAACCCACCACGCACCUCCUCCCCGCGGCGCACGCCUUCCCGGACCAGCGCCCGUUAUGCAGCAUGGUGUCCAUCGCCAACCCCGCCUACACGCCCGCUACUGAGCAGAGAGCGUCCGCGGCUGACCAGUGCGCCCACAGAGCGCCUGCCAAGAAAUCAGCCAACGCGAGAUAGGUUCUUGGGAUUGUGGUGAUUGCAGUUGGGUCUUUUUUCUUUCUUGUUAUAUUCACGCCUGCACUAUGUAACUUUAUACCGCAGCUAUUUACUGCAUCAAGUACCCGAACUGGAGGGUUUGUUAUAGAUAAAACGCACCCAUCCACGAGUCAA